ACCAACUCUUGACUAAUGGCGUCAUUUUUUCACCAAAUUUCUUUAUUUCGUAGAAUCCUACUUAAAACACGUCCCUAUGCUCUAACGUGGCCGCACAUUCGACAAGUGGACAGGCGGAGUAAGUUUGCGCGUUUACAUAAGCAAUCUAAUCUUCCUUCCUUUUUCAGGAUUCAAAGCGGCAAACUCUCUCGCUUUCCUCCUUCCAUUCUUGUUUCACAAACAGCCACAGCAAUGCCUCCAACACAUCAAAGUUCCAGCACCACCAAAGUGUCCACUUUCUUCUCAGCGACUCUGCUUCUCUGGGUGAUCUCUGUUUUCUUCCAAAUCCUCUUCAACAAGCGGAGGGACCUCCUUUACAUCUUUGCUGGGGGUUUCUUUUACCAAUUUGCCAAUUGGGUCAUUAGGUUUUCCGUCUCUCGUGACCCUCUCUUUGUUAACACCUCUGUUUCUCUCCUUCACUCUGCCGUUACUUCCAUUUCAGUGGUUUUCAUUCUGCUUAAUCAAUGGUCCUUAACCAGUUUCAAGAGGAUGUUUGAGCAUAAGGAACUUGUUGAGGGUACCUGGCCAUGGGCAUACCAGGCUCUUUGCUUUUCAUGUGGUUACUUCGCGUAUGAUCAGCAAGAUAUGCUGCAGUACCGACUAUAUAGUGGCUUUAUCCCUUCCAUCUUAACCCAUCAUCUAGUACUCCUUAUUUGCUUCACCCUUGCAUUGUAUCGACGUAUAACCAUCAACUAUCUUAUUCUCACUCUCAUUUGUGAGCUGCAUUCCGUCUUUCUACAUGUGAGGAAACUGAGGCGGAUGGCCGGUGUUCGUGAUGCCGAGAGCCGAGUCGUGAAGGUUGAAUGGAUUCUUAAUUGGAUCAUGUUCGUUUUCACUAGACUCGUAUCACACAUUCUGAUUACCGGAAAGCUAAUCAAAGAUGCUUCCAAGUUUGAAAAGGGUAUCGAAUGGCCACUUGCCAUGCUCGGAAUGGCAGGAAUGAAUUUGCUUAAUGCUUUUCUCGGCAUCGACCUCUUCAAUGCUUUCAAGAAAGAGAAGAAACCACAGCAGAAUAAUCCGAAACGCCACGAAUGACGGGAAGACUUGGUUCCAUCUUAAAGCAAUCAUUUUGUUUUCCAUUGAUUUCAUACAGGAAGUUCUUUUUCAGUUCAAAAUGUGGUAUCACUGUAAAUUUAUGUACAAGAGAAAAUAGUACAUAUGUUGACUUUAACAUACCCAAACCAUGUUUAAUGUAAAUUACGAUGGUAAUGGAUGUCUUUUACUUUUAUGAUAAUAAAUUUGGAUAUUUAGAUA